AGUCACUCUACCGUUUCUUUCCCACUUGACGAACCAGCCAGUCCAAAGUAUCGAAUUUUAUAUUUUUGAAAUCGCCAAUAUCGGGCGAUUCUUGAUAUGACAAUCUUCUCUCUGACCGGAUUGGUUGUGUGUUGCCCUGCUUUGAGAAAGAAGGAUGUUUCUGAAUUUUUAUCUAACUUUUUUUUUUUCCCCAAAGUUCUAGGUUUUUUUUGUAGCGUGCCGGAUCAGAGCGUAUGGGCUUCUUGGAGGUUUGAAGGUCACACCAAAAACUGCGGAUGGAUGUGGCGCUGUUGCCUUCGUCCAACCUAGUUCGUUCCAUCUGUGACGCAACCUUUGUUCGCACCUUCACUUCAUCUUAAUGUCGUCAUGCAAAGCAGUGCUCAACCACACGGUUUUCCACUGCGGAUGAUGCCACUUAUACUCAUGCAAAUAACUAGAUUCUCAAUAGCGAAACGCAUGGUAACUUGUUCCGUAUGACUUUCCCUGAUGAAAGUACCUUUAAGAUAGCACUUGAGAAGGAGAGCUAGGUUUUCAAGUAGAAUAGCUUUUAAUAAAAACA